CGCUAAGCUACAUGGCACCACUUGCCCAGGAAGUAGCUGAUCGCUUCUGGCUGGACGAUGUCAUUCCUGAAGUCACGAAGCGUCGGCGACUUUUCUUCGCCGCUGAGUACGAAGGGAAGUUGGUAGGGACCGUCCAGCUGAUCAUCGCUCUGACACCAAACCAGCCGCACCGCUGCGAGCUGGCCAAGCUGAUGGUCCACCCUAGAGCACGGCGCUUGGGUAUUGGAAGAGCCCUUGUCGGGCAAGCAAUACAACGAGCACAGGAGCUGGGCAAGAUGCUACUCACGCUAGACACCAACACAGGCGAUGCUGGACAAGCUCUCUACGCUUCUCUUGGCUUCAAGGAGGCUGGUGUGAUUCCGGACUAUGCGUGGGAUCCAGAUGGACGAGCACGUCACUCGACGACGUACAUGUACAAAUACCUCUAGACUUAGUGUGAACACUCGUUGGCUCGUCACCUGACUACAGUCUGAAGAUGGCAUGCAACGAUCGGGCUUCCCCAUGGUCUUUCUGACUCAGCAGACGCGAGCGAUCGGCUCUCUUUCCGUUGAGCAGAAUGGUUCAGCC